UACGAAUCGUCCUCUUUCUCUUCACUUUUCAUUAACCCCUAGCACUUUAAUCACCCAUACACAGUACAUUCUUCACAUUUAUAGCCAUGUCUGCCCCUCUUGUCCCUACUGAGUACUGCCCUGUCUACUCCCCCUUCUUUGGGGUUAUGGGUGCCACCACCGCCAUCGUCUUCUGCUGCUUUGGUGCAGCCUAUGGUACCGCCAAGUCUGGUGUUGGCCUUACCUCCAUGGGUGUCCUUCGCCCUGAUCUGAUCAUGAAGGGUGUUGUGCCCAUUAUUAUGGCCGGUAUUAUCGGUAUUUACGGACUAGUAGUGUCCGUACUUAUCGGAAACGGAUUCUCCCAACAAAUGUCGUUGUAUGCGGGAUUCAUUCAAUUAGGCGCUGGUCUCAGUGUCGGUUUGGCUGGUAUGGCUGCUGGUUUUGCUGUCGGAAUUGUGGGUGAUGCUGGUGUCCGUGCCUCUGCUCAGCAGCCUAGGCUCUUUACUGGAAUGAUUCUCGUUCUCAUUUUCGCUGAAGUUUUGGCUUUGUAUGGUCUUAUUGUUGCCUUGAUUCUCAACACCAAGGCUUCAGACGCCAAGUGCUAGAUUAUUUAUCAUCGCUUAUUUUUUCUAUCAGAUUACACCUUUCAUUCUUCCGUGCGUGAUUCGCUCGUUCGCCAUCACCAGUCAUCCUUUGUCAAUAAAUUUGCCCGUUUGUUCCCUCACAAAGUUGCAUGGAGUGCAUAUG